UUUAAUACUUUAGAAAUGGUCUAUGUUCAUUUUUCUCGACCAUCCAACAAUGCUAAACUCAAUGAAGUUCAAUCUAAACUAGGUUUAAAAAAAGGAAAUGUUCUUAGGAUAUGCGAUACAAGAUGGGUAUGUCGCUAUAAAAAUUGCGAGUCGAUGAUAAAAAAUUACUCAUCAAUAUUAGAAUUUUUAAAGAAUGAAGUUGAUGUACAAAUGGACAAAGAUGCCAUUGAAGCUAUCGGUAUUCUUAGUCAAAUACAAAACUGUGCUUUUUUUAUUGGGGUUACUUUAUUAAAAGACAUUCUUGGUAUUAUUAAUAUAAUAAGUGUCACAUUACAAUCUAAAAAUGCCACUUUAGGAAAAGCAAAAAGCAUUAUCAAUGGAAGUAUACAAAGUAUUGAAAAAUUACGUUCUGACAUUGAAUUUUCUACAUUUUGGCAAAAAAUUACAUCUUUAGCUGAAGAGAAUGAUAUAACCCUUGAAAUACCACACAUAGGAAGAAAACGGAUAAGAACUCAACCGAAAUCUUUGAAUAAUUUUUACUUACAAUCAACAACUGGUGAAGAAAAUGAACCAAAUAUUUUACAAUCUGUUGAAGACUAUUGGAGACAAACUUUAUACUAUCCAAUAAUUGAUUUUAUAAUAGUUAAUUUAAAAUAUAGAUUCUCUGAAGAAAGUUUAUCUAUGGCUUGCUCCAUUGAUAACUUUAUGAAUAUGAACUACGAAGGAAGCUUAGAAUUCAUAAAUAACUAUAAAAAUGUGACAAACAUUUCAAUUGAUUUAUUAAAAGCUGAAAUGAUGGUUUUCAAAAACUGUUUGCCACCAGAUUUUAAUUUUGAUGACAUUAAAGGAAAAAUACAUAAAGAAGCUUUUCCUAACUUGUAUAAGCUACUUCAAAUUGCAAUUACAAUCCCAAUAAGUUCUGCAACUUGUGAACGUAGUUUUUCUAGUAUGAGACGUAUCAAAAAUUGGCUAAGAACAAGUAUGUUGCAGCAGCGCUUUAGUGACUUGUCAAUUUUAAAUAUUGAGAGGGAUUUAUCAAAUAAAAUACAAACGGAAACAGUGUUAGAUAGAUUUAACACAAAAACCAGGAAAAUUGUUUUAAAAUAA